UUUUGCUUAAAGUGUCAAUUGGUUCCUUAAAAGUUUUGUUUUUUUUUUUUUUUAAGAAUAAAUUAUAGUUUCUAUUUAAACGUAAUUAGCAAAGCAACUUUAAAAUGUUUAUCAGAAUUACUUUGUCACUUAAUUAUUUUAGUUUUAAAAAAUGAUGGAAGAUCAAAAUUCAGCUGUAUUGGAAGUAUCAGUUGAAGAAAAAGGCGUAUCUUCAAUGUCUCCAACUGCUCUGAAUGAUACACCUAUUAUAAAUUAUCCAUCAUUUACAAAUGACUCAUUCCAUAAAUUAGAACUUAAACAUGAUAUUCAAGUAAGAGUUGAGAAUCCUCAGAAAAUAGUUGAACCACUAGAAACAUACAUAACCUAUAGAGUUACUACUAAGGUGGAUCAUCCAGAUUAUCAAGAUAAAGAAUAUGUAAUUCGACGAAGGUAUAAUGAUUUUAUAUGGUUGAGACAAAAUAUGACUGUUGAAUAUCAAGAUCGUAUUAUUCCCCCAUUACCUGCUAAACAUACUAUACUUGGUCAAUUAGAUCGAUAUUCAAAAGAAUUUGUUUCAUGUCGUAUGAAUUUAUUGGAACGUUUUUUGGCCCGAUUAGUGUGCCAUCCCAUUUUUUCUGAAGAUCGACAUUUACGUGUUUUUUUAACAGCUAAUGCAACAGAGUUUACAGCUUAUAAAAAACGUGGUUCAAGUUUGUUAAGGCGUAUGUCAAACAGUUUAAAUACUAUAGCGAAUUCAUACAGUUCAAGACAAAUAGAUUAUGAAUUUGAUCCUAUUAGAAAUCAUUUACAAGGUUUAUCUGAAAAAUUAACAAUGCUGGAAAAAGUAGCUCAGAGAAUUCAUAAAGAAAGAAAAGAAUUAUGUGUGGAGUCUCAUCAAUUAGGGGCAGCAUUUAUUGAAUGGUCUUCCAAUGAACAGAGUAUAUCAGUAGCAUUAUCUCGUAUUGGCCAUACAAUCACUGCUAAUAGUUCUGCUCUGCGUCAAAAUUUAAUAAAUAAUUUUCAAAAUGACUGGGCACAACCACUUAAAGACUAUGUAAACUACAUAGAAUGUGUUCGAGAAACACUCACCAAAAGAGAUGCUUUACAAUUGCAGUAUGAGCAAUCAGUUCUGGAGUUAGAAAAAAAAAAGGCUGAUAAAGAUAAAGUUGCCAGUGAUGAAAAGUCACUAAUGUCUUUUUGGACUAAGUCAGAGACAAAUAAGGAAGAAAAAAUAGAGAAGAUUACUCAGAUUAUUCCAAAAUUAGUGUCAAUUUCUGAAGCUCAUAAAGAGCAAUUGGAUGCUAGUAGCAAUGUAUUUAAGGAAGAAUAUGCGUUUUGGAAAAAUCAAAAAAAAGCAGACUUCAAAAAAAUGUUAACUACUUUGGCUGAAAGCCAUAUACAGUAUUAUCAACACUGUACAACAUCAUGGGACUUGGUGUUCAAAAGAAUGUCAUCAGAAUAAAACUAUGAGCUUAAAUUUUUCAGUACUCAAUUCAUAAGUUAACAAGUUA